GAACUUGCUCGGCAAAUGAAGCCUAAACUUAUGCCAAGGGUAAAGAAAUGUGUAUCAAGUUUCGUCGGUCGUAAGUACCAGAAUAUACCGUUGAGAAAACUUACUCAUGAUGGAACUUGGAAAGAAUCAGAAGAAGAAAUUGCAAGUGUU